AUUCCAUCCUCAAUCGACGACGAAGCAAAUCGUUUUCUCUGAAAUUUCCAAUGGAAUCAAUAAUCGAAUCUGAGAUUUCACAACCUGACUACACAUCGUGUUUACCUGACGAGUGCUUAGCUUUGGUGUUCCAGUUCUUAAACUCCGGUAAUCGGAAAAGAUGUGCUUUGGUUUGUCGACGGUGGAUGAUCGUUGAAGGACAGAAUCGUUACCGUCUUUCUCUCCACGCUCGUUCAGAUCUGAUUACUUCGAUUCCUUCUCUCUUCUCUCGAUUCGAUUCCGUUACUAAGCUUUCGUUGAAAUGCGAUCGUAGAUCUGUAAGUAUCGGCGACGAAGCGCUUGUGAAAAUCUCUCUCAGGUGUCGGAAUUUGAAGAGACUUAAGCUUAGAGCUUGCCGUGAGCUCACCGAUGUAGGUAUGGCUGGUUUUGCUGAGAAUUGUAAAGAUUUGAAGAUUUUCUCUUGUGGAUCUUGUGAUUUUGGAGCUAAAGGUGUGAAAGCUGUGCUUGAUCAUUGCUCGAAUCUCGAGGAGUUAUCGAUUAAGCGUCUUCGUGGAUUCACUGAUAUAGCUCCGGAAUUGAUUGGUCCUGGUGUUGCUGCUUCGUCUCUUAAGUCGAUUUGCUUGAAGGAGCUUUAUAAUGGUCAGUGUUUUGGUCCGGUGAUCGUUGGUGCUAAGAAUCUUAGGUCUUUGAAGCUUUUUAGGUGUUCUGGUGACUGGGACUUGCUUUUACAAGAGAUGGCUGUUAAGGAUCAUGGUGUAGUGGAGAUACAUUUGGAACGGAUGCAAGUGAGUGAUGUAGCUCUUACUGCGAUAUCGAAUUGCUCUAGUCUCGAGAUUUUGCAUCUUGUGAAGACACCGGAAUGCACGAAUUUCGGAUUAGCUGCGAUUGCAGAGAAGUGUAAGCUUUUGAGAAAGCUUCAUAUAGAUGGAUGGAAAGCGAAUUUGAUUGGGGACGAAGGGCUUGUGGCUGUGGCUAGGUUUUGUUCUCAGUUACAGGAGUUGGUACUAGUUGGAGUGAAUCCGACGACGCUAAGUUUAGGAAUGUUGGCUGCGAAAUGUUUGAAUCUUGAAAGAUUGGCACUUUGUGGUUGUGAUACGUUUGGUGAUCCUGAGCUUUCUUGUAUUGCAGCGAAAUGUCCGGCUUUAAGGAAAUUAUGUAUCAAGAACUGUCCGAUUUCGGAUGUGGGAAUCGAGAAUCUUGCAAACGGAUGCCCUGGUUUAACCAAAGUGAAAAUCAAGAAAUGCAAAGGAGUUCUGGGCGGGUGCGCUGACUGGUUAAGAACGGUUAGGCCUAUGCUUUUGGUGAACGCAGACACCGUGGAACCAGAACAUCAAGAAGAAGCAAGCAAUGAUGCUGUAGGAGGAUUGCAAGAAAACGGAAUCGAAUUCCCUCAAUUGACCAGCCAGAUCAUGGCACCAAGCAUUGCGUCAAGCAGUAGAAGCCGGUCAGGGUAUUUCAAAUCAGGCAUUGGACUGUUCAGCGGAAUGAGUCUAGUAGCUUGCACUUCGAGACAACGACGGGCAAGCAGGUGAUUGGCUGCCCUCAGCCUAUAAUACAGUGUUCAUUACUUG